AUGGUAAAGUCGUCACUGCUUAGAAAAGAUGGCAACCGUGAGCGAAAUCUGUUCGGUGUAUCUAAGGCCCCCUCAAAAAGCAGCAGCAGUAGCAACGGCAGCAGCAGCAAUGUCUCUCCACAGAAGGACCCUCAAGGGGAAGCCGAUGCACUACUGUUUAUGCAAAUCUUUAUCCACUUGUUGAAAAGCAACAUUGGCACGGGGUUCCUGGGGCUUCCCCUGGCUGUGAAAAAUGCUGGAUUGCUGGUGGGGCCUAUCAGCCUCUUGGCCAUUGGGAUCCUCACAGUGCACUGUAUGGAUAUCCUGCUGAAAUGUGCCAGCCACCUCACUCAGAGACUGCAGAGGAGUUUUGUGAACUAUGAAGAAACCACAAUGUACAGCCUGGAAACAUGCCCAAAUCCUUGGUUGAGGACGCACUCAGUGUGGGGCAGGUACAUUGUGAGUUUCCUGCUGAUCAUCACUCAGCUGGGCUUCUGCAGUGUGUAUUUCAUGUUUAUGGCAGACAACUUACAGCAGAUUGUGGAAGAAGCUCACUUCACCUCCAAUGUCUGCCAGCCCAGGACGAGCCUGGUGAUGACGCCCGUCCUGGAUGCUCGAUUCUACAUGCUCACCAUCCUGCCCUUCCUCAUCCUGCUGGUGCUCGUCCAGAACUCACAAGUGUUGUCCAUCUUCUCCACCUUGGCCACCAUCACCACUCUGGGCAGCCUGGCUCUGAUCUUCGAGUAUCUCAUACAGAUCCCACGUCACAGCAGCCUGCCGCUGGUUGCAAGCUGGAAGACUUUCUUGCUGUUCUUCGGCACAGCCAUCUUCACCUUUGAAGGUGUGGGGAUGGUUCUUCCUCUCAAAAGCCAGAUGAAGAGUCCACAGCAAUUUCCUGCCGUGCUGUAUCUAGGGAUGUCCUUUGUCAUCUUCCUCUACAUCUGCCUAGGGACUCUGGGCUACAUGAAGUUUGGCUCAGACACUCAGGCCAGCAUCACCCUCAACUUGCCCAAUUGCUGGUUGUACCAGUCAGUCAAGGUGAUGUACUCUGUUGGCAUCUUCUUCACCUAUGCCCUCCAGUUCCAUGUCCCAGCUGAGAUCAUCAUCCCCUACGUCAUCUCACGGGUGUCUGAGAAUUGGGCUCUGUUCGUAGACCUGACCGUCCGCACAGCCUUGGUCUGCGUGACCUGUUUCUCAGCCGUUCUCAUCCCUCGCCUAGACCUGGUCAUCUCCCUGGUGGGCUCUGUGAGCAGCAGUGCCCUGGCCCUCAUCAUCCCGCCCCUGCUGGAGAUUGCCACUUUUUACUCUGAGAAUAUAAGCUGUGUGACCAUUGUCAAGGACAUCAUGAUCAGCAUUCUGGGCCUCUUAGGGUGUGUAUUUGGGACAUACCAAGCCCUCUACGAGAUGACUCAGCAGGCCCGAUUUCCCAUGGCUAACUCUACAAGUGGCUACACAUAAUUGCCUAUUUUUAUUUGAAAAGUUCAUCCUUCCUUCCAUCCUCUGUUGGAUUCCC